GCCAGCCGCGGCAGUCCGAGUCCUUGCCAGGGGUGCGGGCAAAUGAAGCACAUCUGGACAGUUGCGCGGCGCUGCAUGAGGGCUGGUUCAUUUCCCCUUGGUUAGUUUCCAACUUAUUCCGCGUUCUCUCUUUCUGGCCAUUUAGUGACUUGUUGCCUUCCCCAAAGAAGAAAUAGAGGACCCAGACUGAAAACUUUCCCCAGAGAAAUGGGAUCAAGCACCUAACCUAAUUUUCUUGAGGUUUUAAGAGCAACAAGAGCAGAAUCAGCCCCAUCAACAAAAGCCCAGCUGUUGUCUGGUUUUAAAUUGACUAUAGUGAAGACUGAGUCGUAAAGAAACUGAAAAGUUAGGUUCUGCCGUGCUAGAGUACAAUGGGGAGUUUCAGAGGUCAUGCCCUCCCUGGGAGCUUUUUCCUUUUCUUCGGCUUUUGGUGGAGCGUGAAGUGCAUAAUGAAAUAUGUCUGCAAAAAGAACAAGAAGACCUGUUUCCCUGGAUCCAGAGCAGGAUUUCUACGUUUGGAAAUUAUUGAGGGCCUGAUCAAAAUCUCCAUGGCAUUAAUUGGCAUGACAGCAGAACAGUUUGUUCCUAGUGGACCCCGCCUGAGAUUAUACAACUACGAAGAGAAACACUGGACUAACCUCAUGAGUUGGCAGCACUCGACCAUGUAUUUCUUCUUUGGACUUUCUGGAUUGGUUGACAUCUUGUGCUUCGCCACCCGUGCACUGCCAGUUUCCUUAAGCAAGAUGAUGCUCUCAAAUGCCUUCUUUGUGGAAGGUUUUAUCUUUUACUUCCACACUCAUGGCCGGGCAAUGCUGGACAUAUAUAUACAUCAGCUGCUUUUCCUGUCUGUCAUUGGUGCAGCGAUCUGCAUAUUCAUGGAAUUUCUCUUCCGGGGCAAUAUAGUUUUAGAGCUCCUCGGGUCAAGCUUUGUGUUGCUUCAAGGCAGCUGGUUUUGGCAGAUUGGCUUUGUAUUGUAUCCCCCUGAUGGAAGCCCUGAAUGGAACCAAACAGAUCAUGGCAACAUGUUGUUUCUGACCGUUUGCUUUUGCUGGCAUUAUGCAUUCGCUUAUUUCAUCCUGGGUGUGAAUUAUGCUUUUAUCACCUGGUUAAUUAGAUCAAAAGUUAAGAAGAACUUUCCUUCUGACAUGAGAUUGCUGAAAAAUGUUGAACGAGACCAAGAAUCAGAAGAAGAAAUAUAAUUUUGUUAGGCGUCCCUGCUUUUCCAGUUAGACUUCUUACCCUUAGGUUGAUGUCUGCAAACGUGGUUUGUGCCAUUAUUCUCGUUCUUAGGUGACUAGCCUUGUAAAGGGCAACCUCCAGGAUAGUUUAUCUUGUCCUUUUAUGCAACUAGGUCCUGUAAGGGUCAGUCUCUGCAUACUGUAUUCUCCCACCUUGCUAAAGUAUCUGCAUGUAUUGUUUUUAGGCCCAGGUGUACAUUUGGAGAGUGGUUCACUUUGCACUUUAAUCAUGGAAUUAGAGGGUUGAGUGGGGUUUCCCUGACAAUUUAGCCCAUCCUCCUAAUGUUUGAUGUUGCACAUGGAAAAAGAUGUGCGCUAUUUUUCCUUAAGAUGGGCUUAGAUUAUCUGAGUUAAACUUGCAACUGUUUGUAAUUUAUUAAGCACAGGAUUUAGAGGAAGCAUGGUGUAGUGGAUCGGGUACUGGCCUUAGAGCUAAGAAGAUCUGGUCUUCUGUGCAUAUACUGGCUGUGUGACCCUAAGCAAAGUCACUUAGCACCUUGGUACCAUGGGCAAUUCUCUAAGGCUUUGAUACAGACAAAGUGCUGAUGGGCCUUGGUAGAGGGAGCUUCCUUACCUGAGAGCACCCUAUACCAAUGAAAUCAUAGGUGGUCCAGGCACAAUAUCCUGCCCUAAACUCAGAAUUAACAUGCCCUCCAUGCCAAUGGGUGAAUGUCAUUCAGAGCAGAGACUUUGCAUCUUUCUUGCUAGCUAUCCACCCAGGGCCCUGUCCUCACUGGCACUUGGUGUGGACAUCUGUUGGCGGUAGAAUGGACUCAAUAGAGAUAAUAAGACACUCCCAAGUAGCAGCUGCACAAGUUAAUGUAUGUUUAAAUUUAUAUGUGAAUAAAAAUAUUUAACCUA